UGCCUCAGCCGAGAGCUCUGCGCUCUCUGCAGAGGCCCUCCGUCAUCCCCAAACCUUAAGUCCUGCACCGCGUCCCGCCGCCCCGGGCUGGUAAGACCCGCUGAUAGCAGGCGCGGGGCCGGACGCUGGGGAUAACCUGGUGGCAAAAACAGACCUUGUGCCUGCUCUGAAGCCACUGGGCAGCUUUCCCCAAAAAAGUGGUGAAAAAUAGUUACAUUUAUUGGAUGAUGCUUGUUACCUGGACUUCAUACCUAUGAAGGAUGAAGAUCCAGUUUCGGACGUGAGACUCACUGGGUGAUCAUUUCAUUGAGAUCAACUUAAAUGAACAGGUGAAAAGUGCAAGAGGAAUGUGCUCUGACUGAGUGCUACAGGAACAUAUAACAAGAGGACUUGAUCUGGUCAUGGGAUUAGGGGAGUUUUUCCUGAAGAAAGAAAUCUGAGCCAGGAUCUGAAGACAACGUGAAUAUUUUUUCUUGCCAGUCUACUUCUUCUGAUUUCACAAAAGAUAUAUCUCCAGCAGCCCCUAAAGCCUAGGAGUCCAGUAAAUCAUCAAACACACUCAUGACUGAAAAACAGCGGGAAGAAGCAGAAUGGGAAAGCAUAAAUGUGCUGUUGAUGAGGCAUGGCCUAAAACCUUUGUCUCUAGUCAAAAGAACUGAUCUUAAAGAUCUCAUCGUUUUUGACAAACAGUCAUCACAAAGGAUGAGGCAGAAUUUGGAAACAUUGGUGGAAGAAACAACACGUCAACAGAACAUGAUCCAGGAGCUCAUAGAAACUAAUCAGCAGCUUAAAAAUGAACUUCAGUUAGAACAAAGCCGAGCAGCCGAUCAUGAACAACGAGCUAAUGACUUGGAACAAAUUAUGGAGAGUGUGAAGUCCAAAAUUGAUGAAUUGGAGGAUGAAUCUCUAAAUAGGGUUUGCCAGCAACAGAAUAUAAUAAAAGAUCUUCAAAAGGAGCAUAAAGCUUUACAGGCAAAAUGUCAGCAUUAUAAGGAAAAACGAAUGGAGCAACAAGAGACUAUUGCUUCUUUGCAAAAGGAUAUCUAUAGAUUAACAAAGGAGGAGGAAGAGCGCAUUGUCACUCAAAACAGAGUGUUUGCUUAUCUCUGCAAAAGAGUUCCUCAUACCAUCUUGGAUAGACAGUUGCUUUGCCUAAUUGAUUACUAUGAAUGUAAAAUUAGAAAAUUGCAUAAACAAAGGCAAUAUAAAGAAAAUGAAAGUCCGUCAGAAGAAGAAAAAGACUACAGAAGUUUGGAUGCCUCGCCAACUUAUAAAGGCCUUCUAAUGUCAUUACAGAAUCAACUCAAGGAAUCGAAAUCCAAGAUUGAUGCACUUUUAAGUGAAAAGCUGAAUCUCCAAAAAGAUUUGGAAACCAGGCCCACACAACAUGAAUUAAGACUUUAUAAACAACAGGUGAAGAAACUGGAGAAAGCCCUUAAGAAAGACAUCAAAUUACAGGAUCUUAUCAGUCAAAAAAAGGCAGAGGACCCAGAGAAACCAGAUGAACCCAGCAAAGAUAACCAGCAGCAGGCCCUAAUUGACCAGAGAUACUUUCAGGUUCUGAAUAGCAUCAAUUCAAUUGUUCACAAUCCAAGAGCUCCAGUAAUAAUUUAUAAACAGAGCAAAGGAGGAGCCCAACAUUUUAAUAAAGAUCUUGUUCAGGAUUGUGGAUUUGAACAUCUUAUUCCUAUAAUAGAAAUGUGGGCAGAUCAACUGACUUCCCUAAAGGAUUUGUAUAAGUCCUUGAAAAUACUAUCUGCAGAACUGGUGCCUUGGCAUAAUUUAAAAAAGCAGGAUGAAAAUGAAGGUAUCAGAAUUGAAGAUCUGUUGUUUAUAGUAGAUACCAUGUUAGAAGAAGUUGAAAAUAAGGAAAAGGACAGCAAUAUGCCAAACUUAAAAACUUUGCAAGCUAUUGUUUCUCACUUCCAAAAGUUAUUUGAUGUGCCUUCUUUAAAUGGAGUCUAUCCUCGAAUGAAUGAAGUUUAUACUAGGCUUGGAGAAAUGAACAAUGCUGUGAGAAACCUCCAAGAACUCUUAGAAUUAGAUAGUUCAUCUUCAUUGUGUGUGUUGGUGAACACAGUUGGAAAAUUGUGUAGGCUGAUUAAUGAGGAUGUGAAUGAACAGGUUAUGCAGGUAUUGGGACCUGAAGACCUCCAAAGUAUUAUCAACAAACUGGAAGAACAUGAGGAAUUUUUCCCAGCAUUUCAGGCAUUUACUAAUGAUCUACUUGAAAUCUUAGAAAUUGAUGACUUGGAUGCCAUUGUACCUGCAGUAAAGAAAUUAAAAAUACUUUCAUACUGAAAACAAAUCAAAUCAUUUUUACUGUGUAAAUUGCAUUCUUAACAUUCUGAGUAUUUUAUAGGAUUGAUCUUGCUUUGAGACAGGGUUAUAAAUGUAUUUACUCUCAGAAUUCAUCCCCUUCUUAGUAUUGGGUCCUUCGCAUCUAUAUUUUUAUUAACUUUGAGAUUCUUAUAUAGAAAACAUUGUAAGCUAAAGUGUAAGUUGACUUUAAGUCAUUUAAACAUUUCUUAAGCAAUUCUUCAGUGCUUAAAGUCUAAGACUGUUUUAAAAUCUAAUGUGUGAGUAAAACAAACUCAGAGAGGUUGCAAAUAAUAAAAAGGUUGUAUUUAAGUUGAGGGUUUAGUGGCCUUUUUGAUUCUGGGAACAAGGAUUGCCAGUGGCUCUCUUGAAUUCAGCCAAUAAGAACCUAUUGCUUUCCUGGCAAGGAAAUGGCACAUUCUAUUAAGAUAUCCCUCAUGGCACUUGCCUUUUCAAAGCAGGAGGAAGAAAAGGAAAAAAUGUUUUAUCAUUGUGUUAGGAUAGGAAAUGAAUUAUGAGGUAAUAUAGAUAAGUAGAUAGUAGUCUCUCAUCAAAAAAAGUAUCUUUUUGCAAUCUUGUAAUAUACUUUUUAUAAGGAAAUGAAAUCUUAAAUAAAGUUUUUGUGAAGAAUUUCCAAAUAUAAGUGUCCUCAGUGACUUAUUUAUAUUACGCACAAAUAAUGAAUCAUAUUUUCUUACAAGGCUGAGCCUUGCUGCAUUUUAUUUUAUAUAAGAAUACUUUUCUUGCUGCCUUCUGCUUAUUCUCUGUUCUCAAUAUUCAGUCUGGUUUUUUAAGGGGCCAGUGUUACCGCACCCCCCUCCCUCGCCAUUCUUGUAUAUCUAGCAGGCCUAGUCUCUUUCUAGAUUUAAAAUUCUUUGUUAUUCAAUAAUGUAAAUACUCUUAGUUGAUUAGAUUACUCCAAGAAAUUGCUAUGAGGCAGUUUGUAAAUCUAACAGUAUUUGAAAGGAAGAAAUAUAAUUUAAAAAUUAUGUUAAUUUAAAUUUUGUUAGCUAGUUUAAGAGCCUCUGGUUAGCUCUUAGUUUAAAACAGGUUUUCAAACUCUUCCUCAGAAGCCUCAGAGUUUUUUUUGGAGGGUCACUGAGCGGGACAGUGCCACUAGGAGGAAGAACUGUGGACUCUGUUAGAUCUACUUUUAUCCAGUUUUAAUUAUUUAAAAUACAAGUAAAGUACUGCAAUUAUUGUUUAGGUCCUUUUUUUUUUUACAUUUUAAUUGAUAUAUAAUUGACUAAUAAGCUGUACAUAUUUGAAGUAUACAAUUUGGUAAGUUCUGAUACACACACAUAUAUACCUGUGAAACCAUCACCACAAUCAAAAUACUAAACAUACCUCAUCUCUCCAAAAGUGACCUCUUUGCCCUUGGUAAUCCUACCCAGCCCCCGCUUACCCCUAAGCAACAACUGAUCUGCUCUCCCUGUCACUAUAGACUCAUUUGCAUUUUAUGGGAUUUCAUGUAAAUGGAGUCAUACAAUUGAUUUCUUUUUUUGUCUGGCCUCUUUUACUCAGCAUAAUUAUUUUGAGAUUUUUGCAUGUUGCAUUUAUUAACAGUUCAUUCCUUUUUAUUGCUGUGUAGUAUUCUGUUGUAUGAGUAUACCACAGUUUGUUUAUCCAUUCACUUAUUGAUGGAGAUUUUAGGUAUUUUGAGUUUUUUACUACUAUGAAUAAAACUGCUAUAAACAUUCAUGUUGUUCAGAUCUUUGUAUGGACAUAUACCUGAUAUCCAGUGUCUUGAAAACUGUUUCAUACAUUUUGUCUAUUCUUUGUUUUGUUUUGGUUCUGGUUGGUACAGGUAGAAGGGUAAAUUUGGCUUCUGUUACUCCAUCCUGGUUAAAAGUGGAAGUUUAGAAGUAUUAAGUCUGAAAAUAUAUAGGGUUUCUUAGGUUGUCUUUUCAUUAUUUUUUUCUAAUUUUAUUGCAUUGUAGUCAGAGAACUUUUUUUUUUUUUUUUGGUAUCAGGUCUUUGGGAAUUUGUUGAGACUUUGUGAUUUUCUAUGUGAUGAAAUUUAUACCUAUUACACAUGUUGCUUAAAAAAAAAGCCUCAUCUCUGUUUGAUAUAUACUAUCAAUUAAAUUGUUUAAAUUUUCCUAUCAAUUUUUUUGUCUUCUUGAUUUGUUAGUUUAUGGGAGAUACUAAAAUUUCUCUGGAUUUGUCAAAUUUGUUUUAUGUAUUUCAAGCCUACUUACAUGUACUUAUAAACUCAUAGUUGAUAAUAUUUUCUCAAUUAAUAGCUCUGUUGCUACUCAUGCAUUUCACCUUGAAUGCAGGUUUGUCCUUUCUUUUAAUUAAUAGCUGUUGGAUAUUUUCCUUUUUCAUUUAUUUACUAAUCUUGUUUAUUGUAAAAUAUAACACAUGCUAAAAAGGGUAUAAACCAUAAAUGUCAAGUAUAAUGGUGAAUACAUAUGCAGCAAUAAAAAAAGUAGAACAUCACCAGCACUCCCAAAUACACCCCCCCAUGUCCCUUCCCCCAAGGGGUAGCUAUU